CCCAUCUCUCUAAGUUUUCAUCCUCAAAUUCUAUCCUCUUCUUCUUUGGAUCUACGACCUUAUCUCAUCAGCUCUCUCUCAGAUCCACGCUUCUGCUGCUCUUUCUCAGAUCCACGAAGAUGUAGCGGAAGAAGUAGCCGCAGACGUCGCAUCUCUGUGUCCGAUCCACGCAGAAGAUGGGAUGGAUUCUUGCUCCAUGCAAGAGUUUUGAAUUGAAUACCUUGUAUGAUGAAACAAGUUGUGGCUAUGUUAAGACACUGAGUUGAGUAUAUCCUGCAAUUUACCUCGCCCACUUACCCUAGGGCAGGGGUGUGGGGGAUCCCUAGGGUGGGGUAUACCUUUUUUUAACUUCCUCCACGCUGUGUCAUGCAUAGUACUUUCCUGUUAUUAUUUUUUUGAACAAAGUGCAGCUUUUUUAGAAAAACAAGGGUUUUACAAAAACAUAAUAAUUAAAAAAGUGAAAAAACUACAAACUCCAAACCGGAUUUCUACACCUUACUUUCUAUUGUACUUGGGCUAAACAAAAGUAUAGAUUUGAUAUUUAAUGUAAUCAACACGCUCUUUCGGAAUCUCUUUUUUCGCCAUGGGCCUUGUUCUUUCUAGCUCUCCUGAUUGUAUAGCAGCAAGCAAUAUUGAGGGCAGGCUUCAACUUCUCUUUUGUGUUCUUAUUGGUCUUCACUUUCGUUUCCAUCCCUCACAGAUUGUGCAUUAAUAUCCAUACCAGUCCAUGUAGAAACUUCCCCUAGAGUCCUUGAAGCAAAUAUGCAGGUAUGUAAGAGUAGGUACACGUUUUCUUCACUCAUACUACAUGCAUAUUCUUGAAUUCAUCUAUCACCUUCAGAAGUUUUUUCCAGUCACCUCUGUUUUUAUAUUGCCAAAUACUUUUAUAUUGCCUAAUAGUAUCUUGCUUAAGAUACAUACUGUCAACCCAUUUUACUCAAGGAAUAUCUUUUUUAUUGGCAAUGUCCCAAAGUAGCUUCAUGGCAUUAUCUUUGUUUUAGUAAACCAAAUUCUUCCACCCUAAUCCACCUUUACUUCCUGAAACAUCGUCCUAGGCUAUAAGAUGACAUCUUUUGUAGUUUGAUGAGGUAGUCCAAAGGAAAUUCCUGUAAAUAUCAUGAACCCUUUUUAUGACUUUGUUGGGUAUAAUAAACAAUUUAGACCAAAAGAAUACAAUCUCAUUUAUAUAUAAGAAGGGAAAGUAAGGUUUAUAUUAAAAACAUGUUUACGGAGGGGAAAAACUAGACGUUGAUAUGACUAUUUGUGAAAGAGCACAACAAAUUGUGGAUGUCAAUAUUGAGUUAAUGAAAUGACCUGAUGAGCAAAAGUUUUAAAGACAGUAUUAUGUUUGAACUAUAUUAUAAUGCUUAUAACUUUCUAGAGAAAAUUUUAAAUAUUUUUUUAAUUUGCUUGAAAUGCUACAAUAAUCGCUAUAAAUAUUGUAAUGAAAUUCUCCUUGAGAAAUGGAUUGAUAAACAAGGUCCAGCCCGGAUCAGUUCCAAAGGUAAAUUUGUUUUUAUGUGUCAAAAUAAAUAUAUUUUAGAUAAAUUAACUCUGGGUUCUGAACUGUUCUUAUUCUUGUUAGGUUGUAGAUAAUCACUUGCCUUCACAAUCAGUCAUUUGGGAUUCUCAGCCUCUACCAGCAUAUCAGUAUUUUUAGAACAUUCGAAACUUUUUGGUCGCUGUCCAGAAUUUGAGAUUGCCCACUUUUGAGAAAACAGUGAGGUUUUAGAGCUGAAAGCACAGGUUGAGAGCUUGAAAAAAGCAUUGGCAAACAGAGAAGCUUCCUCACAAAUCAUAAAACCUAAGGAAGAAGGCAUGAUGACGAUUAGUGAGAAACCAAAGGCAAUUCCACAGACCACCAUGUGGUACGUACCUUCUACUUUGAGAAACUAAUAACCUGGUAGCUCACAUUUUUAAAAUAUAUUCUGGGGUACCUCCAAAUAUACAUUAACUUACUCGUAAAGGUUAUUCCAUUCACUCUCUGUCAAAGUCUGUCACGCCAUUAAUUUUAAGAAAUAGGGGUUUGGAAUUCCAAUAAUAAUCUUGGUUCUUUUACUUAAAGGAUACGAUCUAUGCAGUUUAAUCGAAACUUUCGAAUGGAACGGAAUGUCUCUCACAGGUAAGUUAAUAUAUAUUUGAAGGUAACCCGGAGUAUAUUUUAUAAAUAUGAGUUACUCAAAAGUUUAUUUUAAAAAUAUGAGGCACCCGACAAUUAGUUUUUUAAAAUAGGAUGUACUCAGGGCCGUUUCGUGCAAAAUUGAUCUAAGGACGGCUUGGAGGGGGCUCCAUGAGCCUAAGUUUUAGGUUUUAUUCUGUGAAUGUGUAUUUAGGAGGUGGUUUAUGUGAGAUUUAUGUGUAAUGUCAAUAAGAUGAUCCGUGGUUCAAAAAAUUGAUUGUUCUUACGUCCUACUUCCCCCACCAUUACCUAAAAUCCCUCCCCUAUCCCAUGUAUAAAUAGAUCACGAAACUCUUUGAAACAACACAUGUAUUUAUUUUAAUUAUUUGAAAAUUUAAUCUAUCUUAAUUUCUUUUCUAUUAUGAUAUUGAUAUCAUGUUAACUGUAAGAUAAGUAAUAAUCUAUCACCUCCUAGAAUUUUGCUCGGCCUACUAUCUUGCAGGUCUUAUAGAAAGUGUUUACAAUAUCAAAGUCAAUUAUUUUGAUAAAGUAUCACUUUCGGUCUAGGAGUUGAGCAACUGUGCGGUAGACAAACAAAAGGAUAAAAAAAGAAUGAAAAAGUUGGUUCACUCAAAAGGCACUUAAAUGGGUGAGCAGCAAUGGGUUGGGCUAAGAGGGCAUGGCCCAAAAAUGUAAACCCAAACGACAGGUACAUUUUUUAUUUCAAGAUGAAUCAAAACACCAAAUGUACCUGUCGAAUGUUGUUUUGAUUCAUCUUAGAAUAAAAAAUGUACAUGUCGUUUGGGUCUACAUUUUUGGCCAUGCCAACAUAAGGGCAGUCGCCCUCUUUGCUCAACCCAUUGUUGGCUUUUGCUGCCCACCCAUUUGAGUGCCCUUUUGAGUGAACCAACUUUUUCAUUCUUUUUUUAUCCUUUUGUUUGUUCACCACAUUGUUGAUCAACUCCUGGACCGAAAGUGAUACUUUAUCAAAGUAAUUGACUUUGAUAUUGUAAACACUUUCUAUAAGACCUGCAAGAUAGUAGGCCGAGCAAAAUUUUGGGAGGUGAUAGAUUAUUACUUAUUUUACAGUUAACAUGAUAUUAAUAUUUUGAUAGAAAAGAAAUUAAGAUAGAUUAAGUUUUCAAAUGAUUAAAAUAAAUACAUGUGUCAUUUCAAAGAGUUUCGUGAUCUAUUUAUACAUGGGGGUGUAAGGGAGGGGUUUUAGAUAGUGGUGGGGGAGUAGGACGUAGAAACAAUCAAUUUUUUGAACCACGGAUCAUCCUAUUGACAUUGCACAUAAAUCUCACAUACACCACCUUCUAAAUACACAUACACGGUAUAAAUCCUAAAACUUUGGCUCAUGGGCCCCCCAGGCUGUCCUUAGAUCAAUAUUGCACUAAACUGCCCCUGAGUACAUCAUAUUUUAAAAAACUAAUUGCCAGGUGCCUCAUAUUUUUAAAAUAAACUUUUGUGUAACUCAUAUUUUUAAUAUAUACCCCGGGAUACCUCCAAAUAUAUAUUAACUUACCUGUGAGAGACAUUCCGUUUCAUUCGAAAGUUUCGAUUAAACUGCAUAGAUCGUAUCCUUUAAGUAUAAGAACCAAGAUUAUUAUUGGAAUUCCAAACCCAUAUUUCUUAAAAUUAAUGGUGUGACGGGCUUUGAUGGAGAGUGAGAUGGAAUGUCUCUCACGAGUAAGUUAAUGUAUAUUUGGUGGUAUCUCAGAAUAUAUUUUAAAAAUGUGAGUUAGCAGGUUAGUUUCUCAAAGUAGAAGGUACCUACCUUGCAGUAUAUUUUAAAAAUAUGAGGUACCGGCUGUUAGUUUCUCAAAGUAUGAGUACUCAGGAGUAGUUUUCUAUCAAUAUUGACCUACACACUUCAGAAUAAAGGAUUCGAAGGUACCACCCUAUGGAACAGAUCCUGUGGUCAUAUUGACAUAUUGACCUACACACUUUGUUGUGCUCUUUCACAAAUAGUAUUAUAUAUCAACAUCAAGCCCUUCCCCUCCCGAAACAUGUUUUCAGCAAUGACCUUACUUCUCCCUUCUCAUUUACACUAUUAAUGCAUUUUAUAUCCAAAUCGAAGCAUUUCAUUCG